AUGGGUGUCGCGACCUACCAGGGCAGCUCCGUCUUCCACAAGACCUACUACUUCUCGGCCAAUCGUCUAUAUGAUGCGACAGGACUGAAGGGUGGUUUUACAUCUUCCUUCAUCUCCACAACCUCUGAGCCAUCUUCAUCAUCCCCCCGAAAUCCGAACAUCCCCUCCGACGUGCCGAAUGAGAUCGUCAACACGUCCCAGUCGGAGUCCUCGAACUCCACAGUCGCCGAAGACAUUCACAAUGAAUUGCCACACAGGAGGAGGAAGCGUCUCAAGACAUUGGCAGCACAGGAAACCCAAGCUGCUGAGCCGGUCAUACCUCUCGAUGCUUCGGCGCAACUGUCCAAGCUCUCCUCCUCUCUUCCUCAAACCUCCAUUCGCCGCAAACUCGCCGCUUAUCUCGCCCUCACGAAGCCCCGACUCUCCUUUCUCAUCGUCUUGACAACGACCUCUGCAUAUGGCAUGUACCCUAUCUCCUCUCUCCUUGCGCUUGACCCAUCAAUUGCUCCCCUUCCGACUCUCUCAACAUCGACCCUUACUUUCAUAUACUUGACGGUCGGCACCUUCUUGUCAUGUUGCAGCGCCAACACGAUAAACAUGAUGCUUGAGCCCAAAUACGAUGCGUUGAUGUCGCGCACGCGCAAUCGUCCUUUGGUACGAGGGCUUGUCUCACGUCGCGGAGCUCUGCUCUUCGCCCUCGGCACAGCAGUGACUGGCCUCGGGUUGCUCUACGUUGGAACGAACCCUACCGUGACGGCACUGUCGGCUGCAAAUAUCGUAUUAUACGGAUUCGUCUAUACUCCACUCAAGCGGAUCAGUGUGAUUAACACAUGGAUUGGUGCAAUUGUCGGCGGUAUUCCGCCUUUGAUGGGAUGGGUUGCAGCUGCGGGUCAGACGGCAACUACCGGGCAUGAUACAUGGCGCGAUAUGCUCCUCAGUGAGGACAGCAUCGGUGGCUGGCUGCUUGCUGGGAUCUUGUUCGCUUGGCAGUUCCCCCACUUCAACGCCUUGUCGCAUUUGAUCCGUGAUGAAUACAAGGCCGCCGGAUACCGAAUGCUGUGCUGGGUCAACCCCGCGAGGAACGCUCGGGUAGCCUUGCGGUACUCUGUCCUGAUGUUUCCCAUCUCCAUUGGCCUUUGGUGGGUUGGCGUUGUUGGACAAGGUUUCCUCGUAGGGAGCACGAUAGCCAAUGGCUGGCUUGUUCGUGAGGCAUAUCGUUUCUGGCAACAUCAAGGUGCGCAAGGCUCCGCACGGGGACUGUUCUGGGCCAGUAUUUGGCAACUCCCCAUUCUUUUGGUCGGCGGUCUCGUCACAAAGAAGGGUCUCUGGGAUGGCCUAUGGCGCAAGAUCUUCGGACAGCCAGAGGACGAUGACGACGAGUAUCUAUACUACGAUGACGAAGAGGAAGCUGAACUUCUUCGAAAAGAGGCGGCUACAGCCUCAUCUAAGCAGAAUGGUCUUUUGACAACCACUUAA